UCUUUUGUUUUUAUAUUUGUUAUUGCUGCAAACCGCUUUAUUUCAUUGUUUCCUUCCUCAAACAAACCCCUCACACCAUUCUUCAUUCAUCCCUUCUCUCUCCUCUCAUCUUUCGUGUUCAAGAUCGUUACUCAACCGCCGCCGGACCUAUUCGUUUCUGGUUGCUGUUGGUGUGUUGUUAUACAUGAUUACAUCUACAUACACUGGAUUUAUUAGCAUGAUGAUAUGCUGCAGUUAUGGAGUGGUAAGGCCACUUUCAUAUAGGAUGAAGAAAGAAUAUUGUACCAAAGAAUCUCUGUUAAUUGGAAGAUUGUGUAGGCCUUGUUCAUCUGGAAUGUGCCCUUUAGAUCUUGGUCAUCCAAUAUCCGUCCUCUGGGAUUGGAUGCUUGUUUAGCAUGAAAUGGCCUAGCAAUUAUGCUGAAGAUAUUAUGGCCAUAGAUUUGUUGACAACCAAUUUCUAGUGAUUCAAGAUGUUGAUUUGGACUGUUACAAGAAUUUUGAGGAGGGCCGUGGAACUUUACACAUGUAAUUGUUCUAGUUGGUUCUUUGAGGUUCUAAGAUAUGGAUGUUGCCAAACCUCAGUAAUAUCCUUCCCAUGACUUGAAAAUGCUCUAGUCAAAUUUGCCUUGUUCUCUUAGUUUGGGAUCUGCUUUGGAGGUGGUGCUACUUAGUGGGGUUGGGUAUAAUGAACUUAGCUGUACAUUGUACAGAUUUCAUUUAGAAUUCACAGUACUCAAGUAUGCGCUACGGCUAUGCAGACUGCAAAUUUGAAUCAAUUGUGCAUACCAUUGAUGGUGACUGCCGUAGUGCUGUGUAUAACAUUGACUGCCCUUUAUGUUGGUGCAGUUUUUGAUUCUGCUAACAGUUGGUUCUCCAAUAAUUCAACAGCCCAUGGUUGGGAUUCCUUUAGUGCUGGAUGAUGCUAUAUUUUGUAUAUGGACCUCUGAGUUUGCCGACAUGGAAGCUGUUUGAUAAGCAUGAGCUGGUCAUAAUCUUCACUUAUGAAUUUCUAAAGGCUGUAAAAUGAAGUGAAACUAGUGUCAAGGUGUUGAUAGUCUAACCAGAUUGCGGGGCACUCUUCCUUUUGCUUUGCCAAUUGGUUGAAUUACUUGCAUAUCUGACCCCAUUGCACUCUCUAUUUUGACUCGUGGGGGUUGCAAGGGACAGUUAUGGGGCAUAGACACUUAUACAAUGCAUCUCCAAUGUUUGAGGGUGAGCCUGACCAGAAUUGGAAUCAUAUGCAUACUGACCAACAUCCUGUGAACCACAGUGGGACUAGCACUUCUGAGAAUGGUUCUUUUAUUUAUCCUGUAGAAAAUAUAUCUGUAGAUAGCAUUUAUUUCCCCUCUCAUUGGAACUCUACUGCAAGGUCAAAUGGAUAUGCAUCCUCAGGCCACAACAUUGAAAUACCUCCUCCUCAUCAAUUGGAUGCAUCAGGCACUUCUAAUGAUCAUUUUAUGCAUUCAUCUAGUGCUGGACCUUUCUUUGCAGUGUCUGAAAAUUAUGUACACCAGCCUUCUUCCUCUUCUUCUUCAAAUUAUGACAGACAAGCAUUUCAUGUUGAUAGUGGUUUUAUUGAUCUUACAAUGGGAAGUGGACGGGGGUCUCACAAGAGAAAGAGUCCUGGAAUUCCUUCAGUCUAUGAGAGAGGCGGUACAAGUGGAUAUUUCAAUGCUGGGAGUUCAACUGAUCUUCCUAUACCUUCAGAAUCGCGGCCAGAGAAGCCAAAUAUGGAUUCUCAAUACAUGCCCUGGGAUCAUGCUGCUAUUGCACCCGCAUUCAGGGGUGCUGGUCUCUCUAUAAAGGGUGAGAGUUCUAUGCGGAAUGUUAGGAGUCGUUCUGCACUUGAUUUGGAAUCCAACCUGUCUAGGACCCAUUUAUCGAGCAACCAUUCACACAGCGUGUACCCUACUGUCCCGCCAGUCGGCCAUCGUAGCAUGGUGGAUCUUUCAGCUCAGGCUUCUACCUCUUUGACAAGGGAUUGGAGCCAAAUGAAUGUAACCCCUGCCAAUGGAAGAAUGUUAUUAUCAGAAACCAAUACAUUUGGUCUUGAGACAAAUCACUUCCCUGUUGGAAAUGCUGCUGCUUCUGCUAGUAAUGCUAUUGUGGAUGUUGGGAACUUCCAUCACGAAUUUGGUACAAGCAGAAAUCCUACUACUGCUCAAAGUUUUCAAAAUUUGACUCAGACUUCUAGAGGAAUUCGGAGCAAUUACUCUCAGAGGUCCACUCCAGCUUUUAGGGCGGCUUCAAACUUGCGCUUGGGACAUGUGACACCUUCAGAUAAUGGAUUGCCCAUGGUAGCUGAAGGUUACUCUUCUAGACAUCCAAGGCCAUUGAACACCAUUGGCUGGCGGAACAGUGAUAGAAAUGGAAGGUCAAGAGUUUCUAGUGAAAGAUAUAGAGCAUUGGCUGAUGAGGCUGGUCUCCAUGCUAGAUUUUCCUCUGAGGUACCGGGUUUCAUGAUUGUUGAACGUGCUUCACUAUAUGGUUCUAGGAAUAUGCUUGAUCAACACAGAGACAUGAGGCUGGACAUAGAUAACAUGAGCUAUGAGGAACUACUUGCACUUGGGGAGAGGAUUGGCCAGGUGAACACAGGAUUGUCCGAGGAUGUGCUUUCCAAGUGUUUGACAGAAACAAUAUAUUGUUCAUCUGACCAAUGUCAGGAUGAAGCAAGCUGUGUGAUCUGUCUAGAAGAGUACAAGAACAUGGACGAUGUUGGGACACUUAAAACUUGUGGGCAUGACUACCAUGUGAGCUGCAUUAAAAAAUGGUUAUCUAUGAAGAAACUAUGUCCUAUCUGCAAAGCUUCUGCGUUGCCUGAGGAUAAGAAGGAUACAUAACUUUUACUAAUGUAUUUAUUGAUCUCAUUUGUACAUAUAUUUGGACAUCCAUCAAAGUGGAGGAAACAGACUAGCUUUUGGAAAUGGUGUAUCAAGAAUAUUACUUUUCUGUCAAUGUAUUUAUUUGGCUUCGAUCUCAAUUUAGUAAAGCCUGGAAAUCGUUGUGUGGAUUUGAAGCGGAUCUCCAUUGGUUCUAAUUUUAAAUAAGUUUAAAUA